AGCUGACACAGCGCGCGUGACACACUGGGCUCACUGACUUCCUACAGAAAACUAGCGCGCGGACCGAAUCAUAGUAAAAGUAUGUGAAUUAACGGGUGUUUUUAAGUGUAUGGGUGGGAUUUCAGGAGAGAUGCCGUCCAAUAAGAGUGUCUCAGAUGCCCCGAUCACACAGUUUGUGAACUGUAGGAUACUGAAGGACCACAAGCUGCAAUGGGAAGACCUGUGGGUUCGUGCGGGCAAGAUUUUGAACCCAGAGAAGCUGUUCUUCGAUGAGGAGGGGUUUGCCGAUCACAAAGUUGACUGCGAGAAAAAGAUAAUUGCACCUGGAUUCAUAGAUGUACAGAUAAAUGGUGGAUAUGGCAUUGACUUCUCCCAGGCCAGCAGUGACAUCAGAGGGGGCGUGGCUGUGGUGGCCAAAAAGAUUCUUGAACAGGGCGUCACUUCCUUUUGCCCCACUCUCGUCACGUCUCCACCAGACAUAUACCAUAAGGUCAUUCCUGAGCUCAGAGAACAAGAUGGAGGCCCUGAAGGGGCAGGAGUUUUAGGUAUUCACCUGGAGGGGCCGUUCAUCAGUGAAGAGAAGAGAGGCGCUCACCCUCCGAAGUUCCUCCGCACGUUUAAAGCCGGCGGCGUGGCCGACCUGUUGGAGACCUACGGCCCCCUGGACAAUGUCGCAAUGGUAACACUCGCACCAGAACUGGCCAACAGCGCGGCUGCAAUCCGUGAACUGGCAGGAAGGGGCAUAGCCGUGUCAGUAGGUCACUCUAUGGCUGAUCUCUCUCAGGCUGAAGAGGCUGUGCAGAAUGGAGCCACGUUCAUCACACACUUAUUCAAUGCCAUGUUGCCUUUUCAUCACCGGGACCCGGGCAUUGUGGGAUUGCUUACAAGUGAUCGUAUUCCACCAGGUCGGACUGUUUACUACGGUAUGAUCUCAGACGGGAUACACACACAUCCCGCAGCGCUGCGCAUCGCCCACAGAGCUCAUCCCGCAGGGUUGGUGUUGGUCACUGACGCUGUGACAGCGAUGGGUCUCCCUCCUGGCCGACACACACUCGGACAGCAGCAGAUCGACAUCCAAGGGCUUCACGCAUACGUCGCAGGCACUACAACUUUAAGCGGCAGCAUUGCGACCAUGGACAUGUGUGUGAGACACUUCAGAGAGGUGUCAGGUUGCACUGUUGAAGCGGCAUUAGAGGCGGCAUCUCUUCAUCCUGCUCAGAUGCUGGGCGUCAGUCACAGGAAGGGAACGCUGGAGUACGGCACAGAUGCAGAUUUUGUAGUACUUGAUGACACACUGACUGUCAGGGAAACCUACAUUGCUGGACAGCAAGUCUGGAGGAAGUGACAUCAUCUGGAGGACUGUCUUCUGCCGGAAGAGUUUUUUUUUCUCUCUCUUUGGACUUGGAUCAGCAAAAAGACUA